AUGAUGCGGCGAACAUUGAUGGCAAGUGGCAGCUGUAUGCUGUCUAUGAGGAAGCCCAACGCUCGCGACACGCUGAUUGAGAAGGAAAACCAGCUGCUGGUAAAGCGAAUCAUGACAGUGAAGUCUGUUUUCGACCCCAACGGAAAGGACUUGGAGGAGUUCCGCACCCACCAGCGCAGGGUUCAAGUGAUGCAGGAGUUCAGAGGAUCUGCAUGCGCGCGGCCACCACCGCCGCCGGUGCCUGAACCCAAGCCCUCCAAGCCAAGGGUGGCUGCCAGCCUUUCAGACACGAAUCUGCGGCACCUCAGUGCCUUGCUUUGUCCUUGGGACCUUCCGGCAAAGCGCGGACCAACCGCGCAGAGUCCUCAGCCUCAGCGGCAAGCAGACACAAGGUUGUUCGCCGAUGCUCCAUCAGAGGAGCCACAACCUCAGGCACACCCUGCCGAGCCUGCCGAGCUCGCCACGAGCCCUCAGCCCUGGCAUUUUGGGGAGGCCACAGCCGAGGCGAGCCCAAGCGGCCCAAGCGGCCCAAGCGGCCCGAGCCCAGAGCGGACGCAGACGCCCUUGCAGAGCGUAGCAGCGCCUCUCCCGUCCACCUCCCAGGCAGCGCCCCAUCAGGCCCAAACCCAAACGCAACCCACGCAAUCCGCCACGGAGCCUCGGAGCCACACGGCAAGUCCGAGUCCGACGCAGCCUGCCCCCCCAAGCGGAAGCGUCUCCCAGGAGGCCCAAGCUUCGAAUACAGACCUCGCAGGGCCUGCAUCGAUCACGGCCUCUCCUCCACAAGCGCAGGCUGCGCCAGCGCCAGCGCCAGGGACUCUGAGCAGCGAACGGCAUGCAGAUCCCUUUGGGGACUUGGACCUUUUCGGCAAUCGCGGUGCAGGCAACGUUCCUGCAGCGGCUGCACCAGCGGCCUCGAACGAGACGCCUCAGAGCCGCCCUGUCGACCCUUUCGGUGAUCUAAACGAUCAUUUCGGCAAUCGUGCAGGCACAGAUGCGAGGACUAUAGAAGCGACGGUGUCACCGGCUGAUCAAGAGGAGCCAAGCUUGACGAAUGCAACGACGACCCAGCCUGACAGGCAUGCCGAUCCUUUCGGCGAGCUGGACAUUUUCGGUAACAGUGACACGAAGCCCGCUGAAGGUGGCGGUCGCCCGAGACGUCGCCGUGGCUAA